GCGCUGCAGGGUGCAGGGAGGAGGCAGUGGCAGCGGGUCCCCGGCCCUGUACCCCCCCCCCCCCGAGAGGAAAGUGGGGGCCCUGAGCUUCGUCCCGGGAUGGAGCGGAGCCGAGCGCCGCCUGGGCGGGGGGCUCCGCGCCGAGCCGUGUCCGGGGCUGCCGGGGGAGAGGCGCUGGGCCACGUGCCGGGCACUGCUGUGCCCCCUGUGGGGGAGGGGCGGCAGUGCUGUGGGGCACUGCAGGGCCGUGGGGAGGGGAGCUGGCCCACGCUGGGUGCAGGCGGGUGCUGCAGGUGUGAGGCCAGGGGGGCGAGGAGCGGUGCUUGGGGGUUUCUGGAGCCGGCCGGUCCUGCAGCCUGCGCUGGGCAGGAGGGGCAGCGAGGACGACCCCGAGGCUGCUCCGAGUGGGGACAGUCGGGGGUCAGGGCUGGGCAUACCUCGGCGUCUCCCACCACGUGGUGACGUCUGUGCUGUCUCCUUUCCCGCAGGCGGCGCCGUUCACUGGACACCGGGCAGGCGCUGUGCACGAGUGCAGGGACAGCGCAAGCCCAGGCCCCGGCUCGUGGGGGAGACGGUGGCUGCGCUGGAGCCCGUGGCAGCCGUGGCCCUUCCCUGCGCAGCCCCGCUGCAGCCUGAGAUUCCGAGGAAUGUGAAAGUCAAGGAGGGGUCCUCAGACAAAGUGUAGCCCCUAGGAGCAUUGCAGGAAACUGCUGAUUCUUGGCCAGAGCUGCCAAAGGCCCAUGGUGCCAACAGGCCUCUGGAAGAAGGAGAACAGAGCAAAAUGGCAGGGCCCCAGCACAAGCCUCCUGGUGUCCCCAAAGAGGAGUCUCCGCUCCACCACAAAGGUGUGAUGUCCCCACAGGCCCUGUCAUGGUGCUGUGAUCACCACCCCAUGCUGGAGCAGUGUUAUUUGGGCUCAUUUCCAGCCUCAUAUCUGUGUGCUGGGACCCUGAGCAGAGCUGAGCAGCAGCCUCCUGGAAAAGAGCCUGUAAACCUGGCGCUGCAGAGAACUUCCCCAGGGAGACUGGAGGAAAGGGGCUCCUUAACACCUGAGCCAGGCCAAAUGCAGAGGGAGCAGAGCAGGCCUCCAAAGCAGGGGGAGAGCUUGGAGCUCCAGGAGGUGUUUGAGGAUGUGGCUGUGUAUUUCACACAGAAGGAGUGGGAGCUGCUGGAAGAUGAAGACAAGGUGCUUUACCGGGACCAGAUGAUGAAGAAUUACCAAGCCCUCAUUUCCCUGGGAUAUCGAGGUCCCACACCUGACUUAAUCUGCCACAUCCAGCGAGGACAAAGGGAGCUCUGGGUCUGUGAUGAUGAGGACCGUGGAAAAAUAUCAACGUUGGAGGACCUGCUGUUCGAAGGUGCCUGGCUGCUGAGCAGAGCUGAGGAGGAGACUCCUGUGGAAGGGCAUGCAGACCUGAAGCCACCACAGACUUCCCCAGGGAGUUUCGGUGAGAUGGACUACCUGAGACCUGAGAAGAAGCAAUGGCACCAGGGUCAGGGGAGGCCCCAAAAGCAGAUGGAGAAUGUAGCAGUGAACCAGUGUCAGCAUUUCCACCUGAAGAGGAAGAUGCACCACUGCACUGAGUGCAGGAAGAGCUUCAUCUGCUGGCAAGACCUGUUUCAGCACCAAUGUGUGCAGAUGGGGGAGCAGCCCCACCAGUGCACCAAGUGUGGGAAGAGCUUCAAGCAGCUCUCCAGCCUGGCCAGGCACAGGAGCAUGCACACAAGGAAGAAGCCACAUCAGUGCUCAGAGUGUGGGAAGAGCUUCUACCUGUCCUCCAACCUGACCAAGCACCAGCUCAUCCACACAGGGAGGAAGCCACAUCAGUGCUCAGAAUGUGGGAAGAGUUUCACCCGAUCCUCCCACCUGUCCCGGCACCAGCUUAUCCACACAGGGGAGAAGCCACAUCAGUGCUCAGAAUGCGGGAAAAGCUUCACCCGAUUCUCCCACCUGUCCCGGCACCAGCUUACCCACACAGGGCAAAAGCCGCAUCAGUGCUCAGAAUGUGGGAAGAGUUUCACCCGAUUCUCCUACCUGUCAUGGCACCAGCUUAUCCACACAGGGGAGAAGCCACAUCAGUGUUCAGAGUGUGGCAAGAGCUUUGCCCAGUCCUCCCGCCUGACCCAGCACCAGCUUAUUCACAUAGGGGAUAAGCCACAUCAGUGCUCAGAGUGCGGGAAAAGCUUUGCCGAAUCCUCCCACCUGACCCAGCACCAGCGUAUCCACACAGGGGAGAAGCCAUAUCAGUGCUCAGAGUGUGGGAAAUGUUUCACCCAGUCCUCAACCCUGGCCCGGCACCAGCGUACCCACAUAGGGGAGAAGCCACAUCAGUGCUCAGAGUGUGGGAAGAGCUUCACCCGAUCCUCCCACCUGUCCCGGCACCAGCUCAUCCACACAGGGGAGAAGCCACGUAAGUGUUUAUGUGGGAAGAGCUUCAACCUGUCCUUGAGCCUGACCCAGCACCAGCAUAUCUACACAGGGGAGAAGCCACAUCAGUGCUUGGGGUGUGGGAAGAGCUUCACCUGACCCUCCCACCUGGCCCAGCACCAGCUUAUCCACAUGGGGGAGAAGCCACAUAAGUGCUUGGAGUGUGGCAAGAGCUUCACUCAGUCCUCCAACCUGGCCAAACACCGGCUUAUCCACACAAGGGAGAAGCUACAUUCAUGCUCAUAGUGUGGGAAGAGCUUCACCCAAUAUUCCCUCCUCACCUGUCACCAGGUCAUCCACACAGAGAAGAAAUCAUAUCUAUGCUCAGAGUGUGGGAAGUGCUUCCCCCACUCCUCAGAACUGGCCCAGCACCAGUGACCCCACAUCUGGGAACAUCCAUAAUUCUGCCAGCAGUGGCGGAAGGGCUUGGGGAUGUAUACCUGCUCAGCACCUACCAAGCAUCCAGCAGCAUCCAGGCAAGCAGCAACCACAAGCUGGUAUACUGCAGCAAGAGUUCACCCAUUGUUCAGCCCUUCUAGGGCACUGCAGAGCCAAAGGACAGAUUCUGGUUCCCAAAGUUUGAUGAGGGGGAGGGGUUAAAAGGAAGCACCUCAGGCAGAGGCUAGCCCAGAUGAUGGAGAAACCUGUGAGGAGGUUAUAUUUCCUUUAGCCUUGGAGACUGUGCCAUCCCCAUCAUUCUCUAAAAGUAGUCAGUGCACCCAAGGGGGACAAGAAGUGCCUUCACAAUGGUGCUCUCCCCAAGACAGCUGGCUCUAAAUGACACCCAGGAACUGUCUUUAGCUGACUCCUAGUUUUGCCCUCCCUCCUGCUUCCCAGGGUCCUAAUAUGUGAGGCUCUUGAGUUGCAGGAAGGAGGACAUUUAUGGCUGGGAAACCAUUCUCUGCCUUCCACCCUGACCUUGCCUUUCCUCCUGACCACAUCACCCCUCCACCAGGCCUCCACGUGCACAUUGGGUUCUGCAAGAAGCUGCUACUCUUACCCCAUGAGUCCAGUCUGGCAGUUUUGCUUCUCAGCCCCUUGUCAGAACUCUACCCCAGCAGGUGGCAGCUGCCCCCCUGCUCUCCUUCCCUUCAUCCCUUUCUCUGUAACAGAUUACUUGCUAACCAAGCCCCAUAACUUAACAUGAUAUCCCUGUGGUUGGUCUCUGUUCCAUCCAGAGCUGUGAAAUGGGAGCAGACCAGCCUAGAACUCUGUGCAGGGCAGAUCUCUCUGUGAUUUCCCAGCCCCGUGCCUUUCUAGAGGAUUCACUGGAAUCCAGUGCUUGUUCCUAACCCUCCGGAGCAGGCGCUGGUCACACUUGAAUACAAUCAUAGAAAGUUAGGGUUGGAAGGGGCCUCGGGAGGUCAUCUAGUCCAGUGUUUCCCAACCAGUGUGCCACGAAAUAAAAGUGUGCUGUCAGAAAUGAACAGGUGUGCCGCGGAAUUUUGCUGUGGCAACAAGCUACAAUAGGGAUGGGGAAUGCUUUAACAGGUGCCACAGAAAAUUUUUGUUAAUAUAAGUGUGCUUUGGGCUGGAAACAGUUGGGAAACACUGAUCUAGUCCAACCCCCUACUCAAAGCAGGACCAUCCCCAACUAGAUCAUCCCAGCCAAAGCUUUGUCUAGCUGGCGUUUGAAAACCUCGAAGGAUGGAGCUUCCACCACCUCUCUGGGUAACCUGUUCCAGUAUUUUACUACCCUCCUGAGAAAAUUCAUCCUAAUAACCUAAACUUCCCUUGCUGCAACUUGUUCUGUCAUCUGCCACCACUGUGAAUAGCUCCUUCCUCUUUUGAACCCCACUUCAGGUAGUUGAAGGAUGCUAUGAAGUCCCCUCUCAGUCUCCUGUUCUCUAAACUAAAUAAGCCCAGUUCCCUCAGUCUUUCCUCACAAGUCAUAUCCUCCAGCCCCCUCACCAUUCUUGUUGCCCUCCACUGGACUGUGUCCACAUCCUUUGUGCAGUGGGGGUCCCAAAACUGAACACAGAACUCCAGAUGUGGCCACAACAGUGGUGAAUAGAGGGAAAUAAUCACUUCCCUUGACCUACUGGCAACACUCCUAUCAAUGCAGCCCAGGAUGCCAUUAGCUUUCUUGGCAACAAGGGCACACUGCUGGAUCAUAUUCAGCUUAUUGUCCACUGUGACCCCCAGGUCCUUUUCUGCAGAGCUGCUUCCCAGCCAGUCAACCCCCAGCCUGUACUGGUGCAUAGGAUUGCUCUGUCCUAAGGUCACUCUGGAUCCUAACCCUAUCCUCCAGCAUACCUACUACUACUACCUGCCCCCCCCCCCAGUGUCUUCUGCAAACUUUUUGAGGGUGCACUGCAGGGCCCCGUGGGGAGGGCAUGGGGCUACAGGUGCCUUUUCAGGGGGGGUGGUUCCCUGCUGCUGCAUGCACUCCCAGGGUGCAGGGGGGACCUGUACCCCCCAGAUCUGUAUGUGGGGCAGGGGUGGAGGCAGGCUGCCCACUGCAGGCACAGGCUCCUAUCCUGCUCCUCUCCCCUGGGGCCUCCUCAGCCCAGUGUGUGAAUCCAGGCAUGACAGGGAACAGCAGAGCCACACAGGGACCUCCUUGCUUCUGCAAACUGUGCACAGGGGCAGUGGGGGAAGCCUUACAGGGUUGUGCUGCUCACUGCAGCCCCGGGGGGGAUGGUUCACCAGGUCAGUGCAGAACUCCCAGCAGCGAGCAGCUUUCCUGCUCAGCCAUGCUCUGCCCUGCAGCACUAGCUCAUGCCCAACCGGCUGUGGAGACCUGGUAGGAAGGCCACAAGGUGUGAGCUCAAGCCCACAGUGGGCAGCCCACACCAGCCCCUGCACCAGUGCACAGAUCUGGGGGUGCAGUUCCCCCCUAUGCCCUCAGGAUUGCAUGUAGCAGCAGGGGCCAGCCCCAGCCUCCUACCAGGGGCAGGGGGCUGUGGACCUAGGUCCAUAGCUCCAUAGCCCUGGUAGCUGGGGCCCCUUCUGGGAGGGCAGGGGGCUAAGGGUGGGGGGCUAUGGGUACCAGCAGAGCCAAGGGGCUGUGUGGGGGAGAGGCACCAGUAUAGCUGUGGGAGGCCUUUUAUCUUAGUCAUGGUUUCGGGGGAGUUUACCAGAGAAUUUGUGAUUUUUUAUUUUUUUUAAUCAGAAAACCAGGAUCCCUGGUGAUGGGUACAAGAGCUGCACAUGCUGCCAGUUUUCUUCAAGGAUAGAAAGCCCCCAAAGCUAUUAGAACAGGUCAAGGUCAUGGUCCCAGUCAAAAUAAUUAGGGAGCUGGGCAGAUCCAUCAAUAAGCUCCAUGAGCUCCUCGUAGCCAACUCCAAUUUGAAUGGUUUAGAUGCUCAAAAGGCAAAGCAAAUCUUUUUUGCAGACCAGAGUUCAGACUGGAUCGUUGAUGCCUUGGCCUGGCCCUGCACAAGGAUCUGAUGUCAACCUGAUGGGACCAGCACAUGCACCCCAUGUGCCUGAUAAUUCAUUGUAAGGUGGCCAGCCAUCCUCGGGCCCCUUCAGCUUACACUAGAUCGUGAUGUUUGAUAGGUUUAUACAAAUAGUUUUAUAUUUUAUAGAUCUCAUUUUAAAUACAUUUUGCUGUGUGGUCUUUUUUCUAAUAUGUUUUUGGCCUAAUAAUUAAAGCCAUUUUUGAUGGAA